AUGCUUACUCAUUUAAAAGAUGUUCUAGUUAAUGGAACUGAGGUACUGUUAGUACAUUAUACCAGAGAUUCAAAGUAAACUUAAAAAGCAAGUGAUUAAAGAUAUGAUAAAUUACUUACCGAAUCUACCUAAUUUGAGGCAAGUUAAGAAAAAUAGACUCCAGCAGCUCCAGCAAGACUUGAUUCAGUGUCUAAGUUUUGA